CCUGUUGUCGCUGGCUGAGCGGACAAGCUGGCUGCUGUAUCCGCCCGCUUCAUUGCUGCCACUGCUACAUUUCUUCUUCUGGAACAGACUGAGCUUCUCCUACAGAUACACCCUCGGCCUAGUGAACAGAGGCUUUAGUGAAACAAUGUCCGAGGAAAAAGAAGUCACGAAAUCCUCGGAGGAACAGCAGGAAAUGGAGGACAAAGUAGUCAGCCCAGAAAAAGCAGAGAAGCCUAAGUAUUUAAACUUUGGAGCCAAGCCAGGGGGCUCAGACUUUCUCAGGAAAAGACUUCAGAGGGGGCAAAAGUAUUUUGACUCUGGAGACUACAACAUGGCCAAGGCAAAAAUGAAGAAUAAACAGCUGCCGUUAGCCCCUACGGAGAAUACUGAGAUCACAGGUGAUCACAUUCCAACACCUCAGGACCUCCCUCAGAGAAAGACUUCCAUUGUUGCCAGCAAACUGGCUGGUUGAUGGUUUUAUAUUUACUCUUUUGCUACCAUUCCUUUGCCCAAUUUAUAUACAAUUUAUAUUUACCUGCUGUUUUUCUCUUUGUAAGUAUUAAAGAACAAGUCAUGUCUUAAGCCAAAUACAGUUGACAAUUGUCAGGAGCUGAACUUGAAGAUAAAUCCAAAAACUAGUGACUCCACAUGUAAUUUCAAGACUUAAUUUAAAAAAGUUAAAACUUAUAAUACUUACUGGUUGAUGUUGCAGUCAUGAGUUCCAUCUUGUUUUCACAUGUUUUUACUUUUAAGCAUAUGCCUCCAUACAUAUUGUUAAGCAGAUGGUGCAAAGGUCCUGUUUUCAUCAAUGCAGAGGAAUUUUGUUAUGGGAUUAUUGAUAAUUGAGGGAUAAUAUAGGACAGUAGAUGGAUAAAUAUUCCGUCUGCAUUGGUGUAUGUGAAAAGUAGAACCAUAAUUUACAGAUGUUACUUUUGAAACUGAAUGGAGGCAUGUCUUUUUAAGUAAUGAAAAGUGAAGUCAUCUUUUUCCUGUUUUAGUCAACCUUAUGUGUCUUUUUCACUGUGUAAUUCUAUUUAAUUAUUUGCUUGAAGACUAGAUGAUACAUGCUUUGUAGCCACUUGUGUUAGUCAUACUAGAAACAUUGGUUUGCAAUGACUUGCUGCUGGUCUCCACCUCAUACUGACCUCUAAAAUUGCCUUAAUUUAAUGAACCGCUAUUCCUCUUGAGCAAUAUUUGCUCCCUCAGUGAGAAUCUUGGUUGUAUGUCUUGCCUGAAAUAUCUUUCUGACUGGAAUCACUUAGGAUUUUAUAGGAAGAAACUCCCAGGACAUGUCUGAACUGUGCAUUUGCAUUUGCUGUGCAGACACACUUUGCCAUUUGUUUUGUAAAUAAAAUAGUUUUGCAUAAUAACUUA